UUUUUAUAUUUAUAUAAAUUAUAUUUAUUAUUAUAUUUAUAAUAAAUAUAAUAAUAAGUAUUGUGAUUAUACGAAACAUGAUUAUAUUAUCAUUAUUAUAUCGUUUCUCGUCAUUAUCGGCAUUACUUCCAUCGUUGAAAAUAUCGCUAUUGUCAGCAAUGUCAGCAUUAUAAUAUUAUUAUAUUUUUUACAAAUAAAAAAUAUCCUCUGUGAGAUGGGAUAAGAAAAAAAAAUUUAAUCUUAUUAGAUAAAUUCACUACAAUUUUUUGUGAUUGAAUUGUCAGAUUUCUUUUUUAAUUCAAAUAAAUACAUAAAUUGUAUAAAUUUCAUAACUUACAUAACAUAUUUUUUUUUCUUUGUAGUAUAAUAUGAUUAUUUUUUAAAUAUGUCUGUAAUAUUUAUUUUAUUAUUAAGUAAUAGAUUCUAAUUUUAGCAAAAAAUUAUUGUAGUUAAUGAAUAUCCAAUGAAAAUUGUUACAUGAAUAAGAGAAUCUCGAUAAAAUGUAUAUGACUGGAAUCUUUUUUUUUCUUUCUUUUUCUCUCUUUUUCUUUUUUUUUAUAUAGCUAACUGAUUUUUUUUCUUUCUUGAAGUUGUUUAACCUUUGUUUCCAUUUACUUUUUCUUCAUUUCAUUUACUUUCGAAAUGUAACAAAUUUAAAAGUAAACAUCAUAAAUUAAAAAGAACCACAGAAAUAACAUUUAGUAGCUUAUAUUCGAUUAAGAAACAUAAUGGAGGUUAAAACUGUCACAAAAAAUAGUCAUAUGUCAAAAAUUAAAAAUGUCUUAAAUUCAAAAGCAUCAUUUGUGCCGAAUAUCGAAGUAAUCACGAAGAAUGUUUUUGUACCUGUAACGAAAACCAUAUUUACCAAGAAACGUAAUGAUGCAAUACAGAGCAAUAUUCCCAAGCGCAAGACAGAGUUUUAUAAAUUAUGUCAAUCUAACAACGGCAUAACAGUAUCAUUGUUGAAAAAACCAUGUUGUCUUCCGACUAAUAUAAGCAAACAUGAAGUAAAAAUGUCAAAAAAACGAUCGCAUUUAAUUGACAAAAGUUAUAGUUUUAUAAAUGAUCAAUCUAAAGAAUUCUCUGUACGAUCGCAAAAUAAAAAACAAAUAUUAGUAUUUCCUUCGUCAAUUUCUGAUUUGCCUUUGACUUCAUUUUCUAAAUAUCAAUCUUUUUCCAAUAAGAAUAUAGCUAAAUCGAAUAAAUUGAAGAAAAAUGAUAAAACUAAUGGAAAAUUAUCAAUUGAUGGCAUUAAUAAUAUUUUGUCAAACUUUUCAAAGACAAAUAAUAAUAAAAAAUUAAAAUUACAUAAACCGAAGAAUGUUAUUUAUACAUCACAAUAUGAUUCUAAUCGGACUAAAUGUUUUUCCCCAAGUUCUAGCGAGAAGAUAUCUGAAAACAAUAUCUUAAAUAAUUCAAUUAUAUCUAACGAUAUUUCAAAUAUUUCAUUAAGUACUACAGCUAUAACAACAACAAUGAAGAAUGACAGAACUGAAAAACAAUGUUUCUUUGAUCCUUAUUGUGAUUCUGUUUUAAGAAAUGUCGGUGUAACCAUAAGAGAUACAAUUUCUAAUACUAUUAUUAAUCAAAGAGAAGAAUCACAAUAUCCAAUGAAAUGCAUUGAAUCGAAUGCCUUUAAAGAAAUUCGGUGUUCAAUGUUUCAUCCUCCAACAUCAGACAAUUUUUCAGAAACAAAUGAGACAGAUAUAAUAGAAAAUAUGCAUAAAAAAAUUUUAUCUACGCGUAAUUUUGAAAAUAAUUCUCGGGAAAAUAUUGAUUAUUCAAUUCUAUCAUUUCUUACAAAAAAUCGAUCUCGACUUCAAAAUGAUACAGAUUUGCACAAAAAUGAUCAUCAUUCUUGUAAAAUAAAAUAUUCAUGGCAGGUGAUUGGUACAGGUUCACAAACGUCACAAACACUUUUGGACAGUUUAGUUAAAGAAAAUACUCUUGUCGAUGAUGAACCAAUUUGUAAUUGCAGUAUUAAAUAUUCUUGGCAAAUCAUUGGAAUUGCUACACAAACUGCUCCAAGUGAUUUCACUACGUCAGAAUGUCGUUCCGCUAUUUCACUUUUAUCUGCGAAAACGAAUACAAUUCAUCAUACUAACAAAGAAACUUAUACAUUACCAACUGCUACAGUUUGGCGAAAAGGUAAAAGAUAUAUUAUUUUAAACAAUCAAUGUUUGCAAACAUCUGCUCAUAAAGAAAGUCAAACAAUUUUUACAGAACUGUAUGAAAAAUAUCACGAUUAAAAAACUUCGCGUUUAUAUCAAAAAUAUAAAUAAAAAUGAAUAUAUGAAAAACAUAAACAAUAUUAUGUUU